AAUGAGGUAGACGUGCGGGAUGGCGCACAGGGAAUCUCUAAGGCUUGCAAUGCACUUUAUAAAAACCCUUCCCUGAGCCCGUUCAAAGGUUCAAUCCUGGCCGUCGAUCCUCCGCAUUUCUUCACGACCUUACUAUCUACGACUUCCUGGUUCAGAUCCCCUCAAGCUCCCACCAUGCUGCUCUCCGACGCCCUUCUCUUCGCCGCCACGGCCUCCGCCGCCGCCAUCACAUCCCCUCUCACCCCACGCGCCGGCCUACCCAACGGCCAAACCACCGUGCAAGACGUCAUCAACAUCCACAACGCCGUCCUCGAGCUCGACGCCAUCGUGCAAGACUACACCGGCUCGCCCUUCCCGACCUCCCUCGUCAACGGCGUCCCCGUGCUCGAGGGCGUGUUCAAGAUCCACAACGUCAACCGCGUCGGCUUCGUCAACGCGCUCGCCGCCCUGCCGUACAGCAAGGCCGAGGAUGCCGCUAUCGUGCAGACGGUCGAGGACACGGUCAACGUCAGCAUCCCGGCUGCCACGGUACAUUUGAAGGCCAAGCUCAAGGAGUUUCAGGAGGGUGCGCUGGGCCCCGUUGUGGUGGCGAGCUUGGCGUUGCUGUUGAGUGAUCAUGAUACGUUUAGUGCGGCGGUGGCUACGAAGUUGGUAGGUGCGGAUCCGGAUGUGUUGGCGAGGGGCCUGGCGGCGGUGGCGAAUAUUCAUAAUGCGAUUCAGGAUGCGUUGUUGUUUUAUACGCUGAAUGUCGUGUAAGCGGUUGGGUUGUAUGUGGGAUGGUGGUGGUAGAUGCAUUCAAGAGCUUGGAAAUGUCAAGGGUUAGACUUUUGGACUGGCAUUAACUAUCAACUGGACGAAUCAGCUGUACAUAAUCGUUCAUGAUCGCCAUGAAGUCCUGGAGAUAGGAGCAGUGUACAUAGUGGUGAAAGUCUCCUAAUAACUCAAUCGAC